UCCAGGUGUCUGUAAUGAGCGUGAUGAGUGCUGAGCUCCUACAUUAGAGGAGCUUCAAUCAGCAGCCAGCCUUCACCUAACAGAGCUGCUGUAGAUGACCUGCUGUUCUGAGUCAAACAUGGUGUUGGGACUCUCUUUGAGGGCUCCGUUGAUCUGCCUGCUGAUAGGCACUGGUUGUACUUUCCCUGCACCAGAUUACAGGUAUCCCUACCCAGGUGGUGGACCUUCUUCUGGAUUAUCAAACCUUCAGUCUGAAGCUUUUCACUCUCCCUUGGUUUCCCUGAUGUAUGAAGAUGCCCCUGAACACGGUGGUUCUCCUCCUGGAAACCAGUCUCCAAGUGGUCCGGUAGCUUCCCUUCCAGCUCGGCGUUCUGUACCCAUAUACGAGCCAAAAAAGUUUGUUGUGACUUAUGAUUCCAGCUCAGAUGAGUCCAGUCCUCCUGAAGUUCAGUCUCCUGGCCCCUGGUUCAGCUCUCUGGGAGCUGUGAGGAAACCUCCCAGCGUCUCUGUGAACCCUCGGUCAGCUUUGAGAACCAGUGAACGCCCACAUGUGGUGUUUGGGUCCCGUCCGGUCUACGAGGCUUUAUUGCCCCCUCGUGGAGUCAGAUAUGCUGGUGGGAACUCUGCUUCCUACAGAUCAUCCCCAUUUAAUCCAGCAUUCGCGUGGGAUGAACGGCUUGCAGCGGGGCCUUCUGCCCUGUUCUACCUGGGAGGGUGGACACCUCGUCACCUCCCGGAUGCCAGCUCCUGGAACACUGACGAGGUGCCGGUGAGCAAGGCUGAGCUGCCGUACCUGCUGCCUGCAUCUUACAUCGUCCAAUCAAGAAACCGCUACCAGCGAGCAGCAGAAGUCCUGUCGCACUCCAAAUACUCUGACGAUACCUUCAAGCACAUUCACCCCAGCAAGUCUCCAGAUCUGCCUGAAUCUGAGGGACCAAAGGUUCACUGAGGUGGAGGAUUCAUUAAAGCUCACACUGAGAACA